AUGACAGCACCAAGAGAAAAGCAGGUACCCUCUCCGGGUGACCCUGACAGGAAACGAGUGCUGAAUGUGUUGGCACAACGUCGAUACCGACAGAGAAGAAGAGAGAAGAUAAAGGCACUUGAAGACCAGGCCAGGGGACAGAGAGAGCAUAACGUCACACGUGACAGCUCAUCUCUCAGUCCUUCUGAUCAGAGCAUAUCGAGUUCAUCUCACUCACCAUACGCCCCUAGUCACUCCGGUUCGAGCGACAAUGGUGUAAUAGCCAACCAAGAUGCUCAACUCUUCACUCCAUACAACAACAACGACGACCUCUUCCUCAACCAGCAAACCCUACAACACUCCAUCCAACACAACAACAUCCUAAUCGACUCCCUCAUGCCCCUCCCCGACGACGCCUGGAUAGAAGACGCCGAAACCCUCCCCCUCGACCCAACCUCCCAAGACCUCACCACCCUCGGCUUCCCAGACCUCACCACCAAAGACCUCGAAACCCUCCCCGACGACCCCUUCACCUCCACCUUCCUCUUCCCCAUGGGCAACGACCGCAACAUCGACGUCCCCCUCCUCGCCGCCCUCAACGCCAGCUUCAAGCUCGCCUGCAUGCUCGGCUGCACCGACAACCUCUGGGACCCCUUCGCAUCCCGCACCCUCUCCUCCGACUCCCUCCCCAUCUUCGCCCACCUCCCCGCCAGCAUGCAGCCCACGAAAGCCCAGCAAACCAUCCCCCACCACCCCGUCCUCGACAUGCUCCCCUGGCCCGAAGUCCGCACAAAAAUCAUCUGCUGCUUCUCACUCCCGGAAUUCAUGCGGCCCCCGGUCGCCCGCGGCGAGAUGCCCCAGGUCACCCUGAUUCAGCACAUCGACGACGAGUCCGACCCUGUGCGCAUCGUGGGCAAUGAGGCGGAUGAUAAGGGAUGGGAGAUUGGUCAGACGUUCUAUCAGAAUUGGUGGUGGGCGUUUGAUCGGGCGACGGUGGAGAAUACGAAUCGGUUGAGGGCGGAGAGGGGCGCGCCGAAGCUGAGGUUGCUGCCUGCGUCGCAGGCGGCUUCGUUUUAG